AUGGGGUCGCUGCUUUGCAAAGACUGCAGCAAUGCUCCAGAGGACUUUCAAGCCCAUACGCCUGAGCAGAAAAGCGUCUUGGCGAAGCGGGCGAAGCACAAAGCACAGCGCAUGUUUCGUACCAAGCCUGCGGUCGUGGAUUCUGAGCCGGGGAGAUUCCUACAGCAGGUCAUCAAGGAAGGAGAUCCCGGUGACGCGUUCUUCAUCAUCCGCUCUGGGGAUGCGGCGGUGGUCGUGGGCGGGCGGCAGGUGGCCCUUCUAAAAGAAGGCGACUACUUUGGCGAGAACGCCCUGCUUCGGGACGAGCCUCGCUCCGCGACGAUCUUGGCCAAGUCGGAGCUCUUUACAUUCAGGCAAAGCUGCGUGCCAUUGGACGACAAGAAGAUUGCGCUGCUGAUCGAUGCCGCAUGGAAAGAGAACGUGCCCAUGGGCAAGGAACUCAUUCAGGAGGGGGCAAAGAGGCUCCACACCGCGAGCAGGCUGAGUUUAUGA